AUGUCGAAAGAAGAGGAGCCGUCGUACCUGGACUACGAGGCGUUUCUCGAUGCUGAUUUCUCCGCGACCGCCUUGGCCAACACGCUCGUGCUCGCGACGAACAACGCGUCGGACACGCCGCUCGAUCUGUCGACACCCCUCUCGCGCGUGCUGUUCGACGUGCAGGAAGUCGAUACGCACAUCGAUACGCUCACCACCCAAUCCGCUCUGCCGCUGCUCCAACACACACGCGACCAUGCCGAGUCGAGCGGGCGGAUACUGGCCGAGGUGGAAGGGCAGGUCGCGAGCUUGACGGAGAGCUACCAGACGCUCGAGAGGGAGGUCAUCGAGCGGUACGAGGUGGCUGAGCAGGUCCGUCUGACGGCGGAGCGGCUCGUGGAGACGGUGCGACUGGGGAGGGCGGUGGCGCGGUGUCUGAUGCUGGGUCGACAGCUCGAGGUGCGCAUGUCGGAAGUAGGCGGCGUGGGGAGCGCGAAGAAGGAGGAUCACAGGGCGAUGGUGAGGAGCGCAGACACGCUCCUCUCGCUGCGGCAGAUGUUGACGAGCACGCGAGCGGGACAGGAGGGGGAGGGGCUGGACAAGGUGGACGUGGUGAAGACGCUGAAGAAGGAGCUGGUGGUGCCGGGGGAGCGAAGCAUUGCGUCGAGAGCGCAGCAGGUGGUCAAGGAAUUCAGCCUGUCGAGCUUGCUCUCCUCGUCCGGACCGACGUCCGCCAGCACGUUUGCGCAGACGGAGGAGACGAAGAGCCGAACCAGGUCGGCGCUGCAGACGCUCUACCUGCUCUCGCCCACGAGCGGGCAGACGACGAGCGGGCAGACGACGAGCGAGCACUUUGAACCCUCGCUCCUGCUCAGCGCACUCGAGGACUAUCUACAAACGAGCCUGAAGAGCUCGCUGGCGAGUCUGGCGCGCGCGCUCGCCCAGCUGCCGCUCCUCGACCGCACCCUGCUCGAGAUCUCGGCGCGCUGCCAGAACAUCGGCGCGCUGCAAUCCCUCCUCGCCUCGACGCCGCGCCCGACGCACCCUCUGCUCUCUCCGCCCGCCACGCCACGCCCGUCUCGGGCGAGCGACAACUUCCUCGAGCCGCUGCUGCAGGCGCUCGACACCAGCUCGCUGCCGAGCUACUUCUGGCGCAGCCUGGCGUCCAACGUGGGGCCGCGGAUGCAGGAGAUGCUGCACAAAGGCGGCGUGUCUGCGCGCACGCUGCGCAGCAACAAGGAGCGCGUCCGCGAGGCGAUUCGCGAGUGCGUGGACCGGGGCAGCCGGGUGCCGGGGGAGAAGGCGGAGAGGGCGGGCUCGGGGUGGGAGAGAGAGGCGGCGGUGAUGGUGGGGAGUGUGGUAGGGGGGAUUCCCUAG